UUCUGUUUGUAUAUUGAAAAUUUAUCAUUGCCUUUUCUCCAUAAAUGAGAGACACACUAAACAAAUUAGCCAAACGAGCUAGAAGCUUAGCUAAUACAGAGAUAGAAAGAGGAAGAGAAAAUAUGGGUGUAAAAGCUAUUUUAGAAGAUAUUUUGCCAUGCACAGCCAUGGUUUUAAUAGAAAUUUGCACUAUUUUCUUGACAAUUAUGGCGAGUACAACCAUGUCAAGAUUAGGGAUGAGCUCUUUUGUUUUUGUGGUUUACACCAACGCUCUUAGCUCUAUCAUUCUUCUUCCUUAUUCAUUUCUCUACCAUAGAAGAGACAAGAUACAAGCGCCAUUGUUUACUUUUCCCCUACUUCUUCAUGUAUCCCUCCUUGGUUUUGUAGGGGUAACAAUAGCUCAGAAUCUUGCAUUUGCGGGACUAAGUUACAGUUCACCAAUAGUAGCAUGUGGCAUGGCCAACCAGAUACCAGCCUUUACUUUUAUUCUCGCCAUAUUCCUCAGGAAAAUAAAAGUUGAUUUGAAGAGCCAAGGAAGCCAAGCUAGAAUAAUUGGAAGCCUAAUAUCAAUAAUGGGGGCAUUAUCAAUUACUUAUUACAAAGGUCCUGUGGUGAAGCAAUACUCCCCAUUUUUCCUUCAGCUAGCCAGGCCACGCCUCCUUGCUGUAUUCACUUCAACACAUGAGAACUGGCUUCUUGGCUGCUUUUUAUUUGCAGCUGCUUCAUUUGCUCUUUGCAUUUGGAAUAUUAUUCAGGCUGGAACUAUGAGAAAGCACCCACAGGUGAUGAAAAUAGUGUUUCUCUAUACUUUAUUUGGGACGAUCCAAUCUGCAAUACUUGCUCUACUUAUGGAAAAAGAUUUGAGAGUAUGGAGACUUGAGCUUAACAUGGAACUUCUUGUUAUUGUUUUAACUGCUAUUUUCGGCAGUUUAAUACGUAGCAGUGUACAAAUGUGGUGCAUGCGUUUGAAAGGAGCUUCUUUUCCUCUAUUCUUCAAGCCAGUGGGAGUGCCAACAGCUAGCACUUGUGGCUGUUUACUUUUUGCCGAAACCUUUCACUAUGGAAGCAUGUUUAGUGCAAUUAUAUGUGGAUUGGGUUAUUACACUACACUCUGGGGACAACUCAAAGACGACGAAACGGGUAAAAAUAUUAAGGGUAGUACGUCAACUACUUCUGAUGAGAAAGUUCCUCUUCUGCAAGAAAAAGAAGAGGAGGAAGAAGAAGAAGAAGAUUCGCCAGUUUAAGAUGGAAGAAAUUAAGAUUAAGAUAUUUAAAUGCUACGAAAGUUGUAUAUAUGUGUUGGAGGAUGUAUUUUUUGAAGCCUUCCAUCGCAAGUUGAACAAUGAAAUUGUUGUUCAGCUCUAUUUUGUAUAGUUAGGGGUUAUGCGCGCUCGUUUUGAUUAAUUUGAUGGAGAAAUAUUUUUUUCUGUUUAGGUUUGUAAAUAUGUUGUAAGUAUUGGGUUUGAGAUUGAUGAAAGAUUGUGAUUAUAUAAUAAUGAGUUUAAGUUAUAUA